UGGUGCUAGUAGCAGAGAGCUCUCCUGAUGGUGGUUGGAUAGGAUGUCACUGCACUGCCAAAUGUAUGCAAGGUGCGGCAAAACGGGCAGCUUGACAACAGUCUCUUGCCUCUUCUUUAUAGAAACUGCCGCUGCCCGAGCGCUUGAGGCACCUCUACUGCUACUGUGCUACAGAGACUCGGGUUCAGGACAGACCGACGGCGGACGAAGGCCAGGAGAUUGGACAAUCAACGCAAGCAUGAUCUCAAGCAGUGGCUCCCGCAGCGAAAUUAGGCCUGCAUCCCAAAGAGUGUGCUUUGUAAAGCGCCCGUGGACGGCGAAUUUGGCAUGUGGGAACAGGAGACUCUAAUAUAGCCCUCCCGGCCAGGCCCCUUGCCUAAACAGUACAUGCUGCCGUUGGCAAUUUUAUCAUGUGCGCAACGGUGAUGCUCGAGGGGUCAUGUACAGUGUGCAGAGCAUGCAGCACUCAGGAGAGGCUGCGAGCUUGGUGACAGCGGCUGGCACACGGAGACAAGGCGUGACAAGCGGGCUAGUGCAA